AUGAGUGAUUCAAAAUCAACAUCGAAGAUAAUGGAAGCCGUGCCUUCCACGGUGGUCUGCCCGAUGUUAUCUUCAACGAACUACACGGUAUGGGCGACGAGAAUGAAGGUGUUACUGCGAGUACACAAGGUUUGGGAAUCAAUUGAACCAAGAACAAACGAUGAAGAGAAGAAGGAUAUCGCUAUUGCUCUCCUAUUCCAAUCGAUUCCAAAAAACCUAAUAUUGCAAGUUGGUGAAGUCGACUCCUCUAAAGAAAUCUGGGAAACCGUGAAGUCAAGAAAUCUUGGUGCUGAACGCAUAAAGGAAGCUCGCCUUCAGACCUUGAUGAAUGAGUUUGAACCGUUAGGUCAUGCAAUGGAAGAACCUAAGCUGGUAAAGAAGUGCCUGAACAGUUUACCGCGAAGCAAGUAUAUUCAGAUCAUAGCGUCACUUGAACAAGUUCUCGAUCUGAAUAAAACGAAUUUCGAAGAUAUUGUUGGGAGACACAACGCGUAUGAAGAACGGAUUCAGGAAGAAGAUACACAGGAGACACAAAAGAACCUUCUUUGCAAGAAGAAAGGCCACUUCGCCUCUGCUUGUCCAGAGGAGGAACAAGACGACCAAGAGCUAAACAAAGCAGAUAUAGAGGAAGCUGAUGCCACUUUGUAUAUGCACGAGAUGGUGUUUCUCAACGAGGAGAAUGUUAUACCGAAGACACUGGUACAAAACAAAAGAGAAGAUGGAAUGUGGUACUUGGAUAAUGGAGCAAGUAACCAUAUGACAGGCGAGAGAUCAUACUUCUUUGAAUUUAAUGAAAGCAUCAAAGGAAAGGUGAAAUUCGGAGAUGGUUCUUGUGUCGACAUUAAUGGCAAACGGUCAAUAUUGUUUGAAGCAAAGACAGGGGAACAUAGACUCUUGACUGACAUAUACUACAUUCCAGACCUAAGAAGCAACAUAUUAAGCUUGGGACAAGCUACUGAACAAGGGUGUGAUGUUAGGAUGAUGGAUAACUACCUAACACUGAAAGACACUAAUGGAAGACUACUGGUGAAAGUGUUAAGGUCGCCUAACCGACUGUACAAGUUGCGACUUGAAGUUGGUGGACCAGCCUGUUUGCACACGAGAAUGGAAGAAGAUACUUAG